AUGAGUAGAAAGAAACAAGAAGUAAAGGAAUUCGUUCAAAACUACGCGCAUGAUGGUAAAAAACCACUCGGUCCUGCACCAAGAAUGGGUCUGUCAAGGAAACUGAGACCUUCAUCAAAGUUGUUUAAAAGUCCUCUACUCAAUCCACCUGUAACUUAUCCUAAAUAUUCCGAUACUUCUGAAACGACAACACCACCGGCAUCUAUAAAUUUAAAGGAUAAUGAGAAGGACAAUACAUCUACAACUCCUGCAAGAAGCAGCAAUAGAAAAAGAAUAAAGAAGAAUUUACAGGGAGAUUUUGAUGAGACUUCCAAACUUGAUGAAACAAAUGAAACAAUUGCACAAAAUAAAAAUGUAGAGUGCUUGGAUAAUUUAAAACAAACAAAUGAACAAAACAACAGUGAAUCUAAUACUCAAUCAGUAGAAUCAUCAGAGGUUUUAGCAGAAAAUAAAAGCACUAUGUCUUCACAAGAAAAAAAUCAGGCAGAAGAGAUGGUUGGAAGAAAGGGCACCAGGACUAGAAUUCCAAACACAUUUGUUGAGAUUAUUGUUGAUAAGGAAAAGAAAAAGAAGAAAAGUCCCAAGAAGAGUAACAAAAAAGAAGAUACAAAGAAACCUGAGCCAAAAACAGUUGUAGAAGAAGAAAAACCUGUAAUUAAUGAAGUAGCACCAAAAACUACUGCUGUAAAGCCUAGAAAGAGGAAGAUUACUGAUGAUAACGCUGAAAUCCUGCCGAAUCUAAGUGCGGUAACACCCGAAAAGGUAGUAGACAAUAAAGGUAGUAGAGUUACUCGUAGUCGCGGAAAAAAGACCCCAGAGUGCCCAAUUUUAAGCCCACAAGAGUCUAAGAGUCAAAACGUAAAGAUAAAAGCGAAAAAAGCUGUAAGACGAAUUGUUUCAGAUGAUGAAGAUGAAUCCAAAAUGGAUGACAAAGAAAAUGGCAACCAAACCAACUCACAAAACAAUAAUAAACAUAAACUUGAUAAUAACAACACCAAAAAAGUAAUGAAAAGCAAUGAUACUCAACAUGAUAGUGAUGAGGAUGACUCGGUCCCACUAGCUGCUCUUACCAAAACAAAACCCAAACCGAAAAAUCCGUACAGAAUAGAAAUCCCACCAUAUAAACAACUUGACAUGAAACCAGGCCUGCACAAACGUAUCUCGCUAAGUUUAAAACGUUCCUCAGCAAGUUUGUCAACAUGUUCAGAUUCCAAGGAUAAUAAAACAUGCAUUGAAACAUCCGACAUGGAAAAAGAUGCGUAUGACAAUUUACAAUUGGAAAUGCUGCGUAAUGAAGUCUCUGCGUUACAAAAAGAAGUCGAAAGUAAAAAUCAAACAUUCGACGCACUUGCUAAGAAAAAAGCCAAGAUUCAAGAAUUGAACGAGUUGACAAACCAAUGGGAGAGCGGUAGUAAAGACGCCCUCAUCGCCUUGCAUCAAAAGAUGACCGAAAAAGGCGAAAACAUGGAUAUGGACGUGCUGCUCAAAAAAUUCAACGCUCCACCGGAUAAAUUUAAAUUUGACUCUUUUCAAUAUUCUUUUGUAUAA